AUGGCUAACCAGAAGGUUUACUACUGGGACGACGAGACGAGUUCCGAAGACAUGCGAGCCAUGUGGGCGGAUUCGAGGGUCAAGCAGCAGUGGGAGUUCCGGCGCGACUCGACCGGGAAAGUUCCGUUCGUGAUGAAGAAACUCCGCGGCGAGAUGGUGCCUUACCUCACCUUCGAAGAGGUACACGCGGUGGCGUCGAUUCUCGAGCGCCGCCACUUCAGCAGCGAGGGCAAGCGGUUGUUUCCUGAGGGCCUGGAGGGCGGGAAUGACGUGGCGGCGGCGGUGAGUGGGCUGGCGCGCGUGGAGAGCUCGUGGCAGCUCACGGCGUGUCGCUGGGAGACCCGGGAGUACAGCACUGGACUCAUGCAGGUGUUGCAGUCAACAGCAAAGUCGCUGGAGGUGCAGGGGUACGACGCCUACAUUGAGACUGCACACAAUUCCUUCCUCUACCGCCCGUUCGAGGCGAUGUAUUACGGCAUGGCGUACCUUUCAUACCUCUCCCACUACAAGGGCAUCCCGCACAGCGAGGAGUCUGUGGUGCGUGGAUACAAUGGCGGACCGCGGGGGAUUUAUAAACCCGCUACAGAACCAUACUGGAACAAGUACCUGCAGGCGAAAGAGGAGUUACGCCCCAUGAUCCGUUCUAGCGUGAUAUCGCCCCGGGAGGUCGAAGUCUCGUUCCCUUCCUCCUCCCACUCCCGCGUCAUACCACACGUGCAUGUGGCCAUGGCAUCCCGCAAGAACUUUGGUUUUUCCGUCGGUUUCAGAAUCCCGCUCUAG